CCGAGGCAGCGGCCCGCCUCUCCGCUCCGCUCCCGCUCCCGGAAAGCGCCGGCGGUGCUGAGGGAAGGUCGCGCAGGGCAGAGGUUUGCGGCGUUCCCCGGUCGGUACCAUGCUGGCUGCCAGUGUCCGCAGGUUCACCACCUCCGCCCUCCGUAGGAGCCACUACGAGGAUGGCCCUGGAAAGAACCUUCCAUUUUCUGUGGAAAACAAAUGGCGAUUACUUGCAUUAAUGUGUGGAUUCUUUGGAAGUGGAUUUGUCGCCCCUUUCCUUAUAGUCAGACACCAGCUUCUUAAGAAAUGAGGAGGACAGACUGUAACUGUACUAACUGGAGUUGAAGUCUGCACAGUAUCUGUCAGUGGAAAAAGGAUAGCUGCAAUUGUGUACCAUGCUGGAUGUGUCUAAAUAAAAUCUUAAAUGUGAAA